AAGACAGAUGAGAUACAACAUGCCUCCUUGGCUUACUUUAGAAAUGGUAACCCCAGAAUGAUCAUUUCCUUCAGAUGAUAAAAGUUAUAAGCUAGCAGAGGAAGAUCCAGAAAAGAUAAGUUAUCCAUUCCUUCCCUCAGGAAAUUUACUAUGUACCUAUUACAUAGCAAGCUUGCUGCCAGGUACUAGAACUACAAUGGUGAAGACAGACAAGGUCCCUACUUUACAAGGGCUUAAAAGUUUGAUGGGGGAAAGAAAUUUAGAUAAUCAUAACCUAAGUUUAGGUCCAAUACUCAGUAGAACAUGGAACAAAGUGGUUCCAAAAGUGGGACAUGAGAUGGUGGCUAGAUGAUCUUUGCCACCCUGAGUUGUAGCUUUAUUGCAGACAGAUGUCUCGCCUCAUCUACUCAGUUUGGCUAGCUUCUGGAUAAAAUCACAGGUCAAGGUACUUAACUGUCCCUUGAAUAGAAAAUUUAAAAAGCAAAAGUUGGGGCACACAGUCAUCAGAAGCUGGAAACCAUUAUUAUCCUUAAGUUGAAGUAGGAAGGGAAAACACAUUCCUAUAGCCUAGUCAAAGUUGGGGUCAUUGGAGAAAGGACACCCAAAAGGUAAAGUGUAAAGACUCAGCCUGUAGCAACUAUGGUACCUUCUGCCCUCCAAUCUUAUGACUAACUGCAGUCUGAAGGAAAACCCACUCAGUACUCAGCUAACCUCAGCAGAGAUCAGUCUUCCAGAGUACAGACCAGAGCUAUGAAAUGCUUACUUAGAGUCAAACAGAAAGUAAGCAGGUUAGUAGAGUUCACUGCUCACAACCCUCUAAGAAAAAGUGCUAUCUUUUACAAUUCACUAAAAGAACAUGUGUGUUCUGAUAACAUUUUUUUGUUUGUUUUGGAAGCUACUCCUAAUACACUAUUCUACACACAGAAAAUACUAAUGAGUCUUCAUUAGUGGCAUUGCCAUGGGUUACAGGCCAGCCUGCCUGAACAGGACAUAACAGACACAACCCAUUGUGAGAACACAUGGGUUAUUUCUCAAGUUCUAGAAUUCCCAGAGGUUCUGACUCAACACUGGGAGUGUCUGCUCAGUUUGUUCUCAGCUCUGGAGUGUGCCCACCAGAAAUCUCUUUUCCCAAAUCAGAAUGAAGGAGUUAAUCUUACUGAGUCUUUAUGUGCUCGGAUCAGCCAGAGGAGUACCACCAGGUCAGCCUGAUGAGCUUCUUGAAUCUCCAGACAAGCAAGCUUCUGUUCAGCAACUUUCAAGUGAGUAUUUCUCAUUUGCAAACCCUUCAGAUGUCGAGGCUUUAUAUGAAACUCCUUCAGGUGAGAAAAGCCUAAAUGAUCACAGUUCAAGUGAACAUGAAUCAAGUGAGGAUGCUACAGGUGAACACUCUUCAGAACAGUCUUCAGGCGAGCACACUUCAGGCGAACACACUUCAAAUGAACAGUCUUCAGGCGAUUCAAAUGACGUGACCUCAGAAGCAGCUGCAAGUGACAUUUCAAAUGAAAAGGCCGAGGAAGCAGGCGAGGCUUCUGGCGAAGGGUCUUCAGCUGAGAAGGCAAAUGAUGGUAUGAGUACGGCAUUUCCAAGCACAUCUUCAGGCGUAGUAAUAAAUUGCCACACAUGUGCUUAUAUGAAUGAUGAUGGAAAAUGUCUUCGUGGAGAAGGAAUAUGCACCACUCAAAAUUCCCAGCAGUGCAUGUUAAAGAAGAUCUUUGAAGGUGGAAAACUCCAGUUCAUGGUUCAAGGCUGUGAGAAUAUGUGCCCAUCUAUGAACCUCUUCUCUCAUGGAACAAGAAUGCAAAUUAUGUGCUGUCAGAAUGAACCUCUCUGCAACAAGAUCUAG